GGGACUGAGCCGUCCAUGUGAUGCCUGUAAGACCCUUACCGCAGGGGUAGUGUGGCAACGUGUGUGUGUGUGUGUGUGUACUCGGUGGGUGUCGAAAGAAAUACCAGAGAUUUUGUUGUUCCAGAUCGUUGUUUUUCUUUGAAAAUAUCGUGCAGAGACGUUCAUAUCAAAGCGAUUGUUGAGAGAAAAGAACCGACAAUGUUCGAAGAGGCAAGUGAAGUGUUUGACAACAUGUUCAAGGGUUCAUUCCCAUUGACUUUCAUCGUCUUCAUCCCCGCCGUGUUGAUCCUGGUCUCGCCGUUGCCCAUCGAGGCGGCCCACGAGUUCACCGUGUACAGAAUGCAGCAGUACGACCUGCAGGGACAGGCUUACGGUACAAGGAACGCAAUGCUGAACACCGAAGCGCGGACAAUCGAAGCCGACGUGUUGAGCCGCCGGUGUGUGCUCAUGAGAUUAGCAGAAUUUUCAUUUGACAAAUUUCAGGAAGCCAUACGGCAAAGUGCUGGGGCAGUGGUGAUAAUUCUGCCCCAGAACAUGUCAAUGAUGCCUCAGGACGUCAUACAGCAGCAGUUUAUGGAGAUAGAACCAGAACUUUUGGCGACUGAGACAAUUGUCCCAGUGUACUUUGCCUUGGAGGAUGAUGAGCUCUUGUCAAUACACGAGCAAACACAUUCAGCUUCUGUCUCGCAGGGCACUUCUUCAGCUGCUGAAGUUCUUUUGCAUACAGCCACAGCCAACGGCUUCCAGAUGGUCACCAGUGGAGCCCAGAGCAAAGCUAUUAGCGACUGGUCAAUAACCAGCCUUGAGGGCAAAUUGACUGGUCUGGGUGGCGAGGAUCUUCCUACUAUUGUAAUAGUAGCACACUAUGACUCCUUUGGAGUUGCUCCUUGGUUGUCUUAUGGUGCUGAUUCCAAUGGUAGUGGUGUGGCAGCUCUACUGGAACUGGCUAGGCUAUUUUCCAAACUCUAUACUUACAAGAGGACACAUGCUGGGUAUAAUAUAAUGUUUUUUGUAUCGGGAGGUGGAAAAUUCAAUUACCAGGGUACAAAACGCUGGCUAGAGGACAAUCUGGAUCAUACAGAUUCAAGCCUUCUCCAGGAUAACGUUGCUUUUGUUUUAUGCCUUGACACAUUGGGUGGCAACGAUGAUGGCCUCUAUCUCCAUGUGUCAAAACCACCUAAAGAGGCCACACCUCAGCAUGCAUUCCUGAAGGAGCUAGAAACAGUGACCUCCAGCAGGUUUCCAGAAGUGAAAUUCUCUAUGGUCCAUAAAAAAAUCAACUUGGCAGAGGACAUGUUGGCCUGGGAGCACGAGCGAUUCGGUAUUCGACGACUACCAGCAUUCACAGUAUCACGCCUAGAAAGCCAUAGAAACAGCUUGAGAACCACUAUUAUGGACAUGAGGUCCCAGGUUGAUAUUCAAAAGUUGUGUCGCAAUACCAAAAUAAUUGCCGAGGCACUGGCACGGGUAAUUUACAACUUAACGGAGAAGGGUGCGCCAGAAGACCUUCAAAUCUUCACAGAACAAAUGCAGCUACAGGAGGACCAGCUAUCAUCGGUACUCGACUGGCUAACAGCCCAGCCGAGGGCAGCACAGCUCGUUGAUAAGGACAGCAUCCUCAUCUCCACAUUGGAGUAUUACAUGAAUCGAUACUUGAAAGAUGUCAAACGUCAUUAUGUGAAGGCGGACAAAAGAGAUCCAGAAUUCCUCUUCUAUGAUCAGUUGAAGCAAACCAUGAAUGCAUACAGGGUUAAGCCGGCCAUCUUUGAUCUUCUGUUGGCAUUGUGUAUAGCAGCAUAUCUUGGACUUACUUAUUUAAUUGCCCAGAAUUUUGGCUUAUUUUACAAUCUGGUGCGAAGAAUCACUCUAAAGCAGAAGCAGCACUAACCACAUCACCUUCUAUUACCACCUUCACGCAAUGGAUGGAUUCUUCUAGUGCAGCCCCCUGGUGUUGUCAUGGCUGGAUCCGACCCUCAGCACUGAGCCAAAACUCUCUGGUUAUGCACCAUCAGCAACUUAAGGGUUGCACGAUGUUCCAUAAAUAACGGCACUGUUCCUGUUUGAUGUACCACACUAUUUUCUUCAAUUUUAAUCCAAUACAAUCCACAUUAAACACUGCUCAAAAUGGGCCUCAUGCCCUCUGAAAUAGAACAUAAAUUUAAGAACUUCCUGCAGAAUGAAAUCAGUCAUGGCUUGAAUGCAUGAAGGUAUGUUUGGUUAUAAUUUAAGUUGCCAGUUUAAAAAGUCCCAAGUAAAUGACUGAAUUGUGAGCACACUGCUAAAAGUGAUUAACAUAAUCUGCUUGCUAAUUGGCUAUUAUAUUUUAACAUGGCCAGAGAGACACCUAUACAGAUGUUGGCUCUGGGGAUAUCAAAGUCUUUUGUUGUCUUGAGCUGUGCAAAUUUUCAUUGCCAUGUGGCACUUGAAUGGAGUGCUUUGAAUCCCAUGGCAUCCCAUUAUGGGCCGACCCAUCUAGUUAUUAAUUUUGUCAUUUUCUACGUUGCUGGUGAGAGCCAAUUUAGCUUGAGGAAGUAUCUUUACAAAAUAUGUAGGGCCAGAAAAUUAAAACGGAGGGGAAGACAUAGUGAAGAAAGUCUGAUCACUGAAGUUGCCCGGGUUUUGAGAGAGCCAUUUUGCUUGCUCUUUUGUACGAUCCUUGUGCACGUUGCACUUCUUUGCAUUGGAGGGUACACUUAUGGCAUGCUGCUGGAUACAAAAGAGGAAAGCAUAUUCUGUAUUCAAGCCGAACCUAACAUGCCUGGUACUGAAACCUGCCCAGAAGGGAAAGAUCUCCAUUCCCCACCACUUCCCUGUCUCAUCUUUUUAUAAGCACACAAAAAAAAAAUCAGGUUUAAAUAUUUUUGCAUUAUUUUUCUAAAUUCCUGAUUAAGACUGUUAACAUUUAGUUAAUAAAAUCUUUGUUUUAAAGCCCUUGCGUGCGCAGAUUGCAUCCAGAUGGGACGUUUUAUUAAGUUUUAUUCAUUCAGUGAAUCAGAAGUGGCUGUGCAAAACUGGUACAAAGGUUUGAUUUGACCCAGGUGAAUCAGUAAUUCAAUACUUCUGGAUAGUCCAGGAAGAGGAGGAAAAUCUAGCUGGCUAUUACAGCCUCCCCCACAACACAUGCUAGCCGUAUUACCCAAAGUAUUGUGAACACGAGAAAUUCAGAUUAAAAACAUGAGAUGCUGAUGGUGCGUUCAAUGGGACAGGAAUCUUGCGAGGGUAGUUCUGCUCUGACCAGGUUUUGAACACACGGCCCUCUGGUAUGUAACCACCUCUCGGUCAGUGCAUGUGCCUGAGAUCUGGCCUCAUCUCCACACACAGGUCCGGUUUCCGUGAAGAGAUAUGGCAUCAUAAAUCUAGCAUUAAGAACAAAACCUCAAACUUGGCUUCCCAUCUUUUCAAUCUGUAAGAAAACGGCAGCUUUUAUCCCGAGAAUCCAGUAUAUCUUUUUUUUUUAAGGAACUUGAUGGGGCUUUUCUAUCCAUAUGAAUUGCUGCAUCUUCUCAACAGUUAUUUAUGUCUGUAUUGGUUACUUGUUGAAAAUCAUUGAUGUUGAUGUUUAUUUCCUAAUUUGUAACAAAAUGGAUUAUGGGAUAACAGUGGCGUUGUAUUGAACACUGGCAUUCAUCAUGACUGUUCUAUACAGCAGGAAGGAAACAAUAAAAUGAGGGGGAAA